AACGGGGCUCUAUUGGCUAGUCGGAACUCGGUGCAAACUGUUUCUAUAAAUUAUUUUUUCCACAAUAAUUUAUUUAUUUAUAAUGUUAAUUACUGUUAUUAGAGAAAAUUUGUGAGUUGGCUUCAUCAGUUAUAAUAAAUUUCGGGGCGUCGGAAGUGGAACUUGGAUAUCCCGCUGUGUUUUCUCAUUACAAGUAAUUUUCCGAACAUUCUCUUGUACAUUUAUCCAUUGAACAUAGCUGUGAAUCAUCCGUACGUCUUUAUAAUAAUAAUCUUAUCAGUUAUCGGUGUUCAGUGAUAAUGUGUGAUUAACUAUGUCGCGGUGUUAAGCGAUUUUAAAGUUAUUCAGUUGUAUGUAAUUACUUUGUGAUUUUGCUCACUUCGGUGUAAUGAGAACAGUUUCUGCGAAAAUUUGAGUGUUAUUCGAAAUGUCGCUAUUCAAGAAGAAAGCACAAAAGUACUCCGCGCCACCGCCUCCCCCAUCGGCGCCGCCUGCGGAGGAAAUUCAUAAUCAUCAGGCGAACGGCGACAAUAACAACGAAGCCCCAAAAUCCCAGCUCGUAUUCCACUGCCAGCAGGCCCAGGGCAGCCCACUAGGGCUCAUAUCCGGCUUUUCCAAUGUCAAGGAGCUGUACGAAAAAAUUGCAGAGUGCUACGACUUUCCACCUGAUGAUAUAUUGUUCUGCACAUUAAACACCCACAAAGUAGAUAUGAAGAAGUUACUCGGCGGUCAAAUUGGCUUAGAAGACUUCAUAUUCGCACACAGAAAAGGAAGACCUAAAGAGAUAGAGAUAGUGAAGACAGAGGAUUCCCUAGGUCUCACAAUCACCGACAAUGGAGCCGGAUAUGCCUUUAUCAAGAGGAUAAGAGAAGGAUCUGUAAUAUCUAGGAUACCACACAUUGAGGUUGGCGAUCACAUUGAAAGAUUGAAUGACGAAAAUAUGGUUGGUAAAAGACAUUAUGAGGUUGCAAAAUUACUAAAAGAAAUUCCUACAGGAUCUACCUUUACAAUCAGAUUAGUAGAACCUUUGAAGAGUGGUUUUGGAAGUAUUGGUCCAAAGACGGGUAGUACACGGUCAGCGAAGAAACAGAGCUACGGGUCGGGGAAAGAAACGCUGAGAUUUAAAGCGAACGGUCCAGCUACCAUUGAAAAUGAUCAUGACGAUAGAUCAAAAGCUGGUAUAGAGAAAAUAAACGGUCUCCUAGAAUCAUUUAUGGGUAUAAAUGACAACGAGCUGGCAACACAAAUGUGGGACCUGGCCGAUGGGAAAACCAAUUCUAUGCAACUUGCCGAUGCCAUAGACAAUAGUGACUUACAAGAGUUUGGAUUCACCGACGAAUUCAUCAUUGAACUGUGGGGAGUUAUUACUGACGCAAGAUCUGGACGACUUAGCUAAAUUUUAUUUUUAAUUAUUUAUUAUAAGUUAAAGUCGGAGACUAUACAUAAUAUCUAUUCUAUAAUGGUAGGUCACAAGUAUGCAUUGUUACAAGAACUUUGAAUGGAGGAGCUUUGUAGAAAAAAGUGCAAAAGAGAGAGCAUUAUUUAAGUGGAAGUGUAAAGAUUUUCUGCCCUCUUUGUUUAUACUUUUCUCAGUCAGUGUAUGCGUAACUAGGUUAGAUUAAGUAUGAAUUAAAAUGGACUCCAUUUAUUUAACUUAUAAAUCGUAAAAUAAUUAUUUUGUUAUAAUUACAAUAAACAAUGGAAUGUAUAU